AUGGUGCUUAAAAAGAAAGAAGUAUAUACGGUGAUAACACCCAUUCCUAGCUUUAUACCCCGCCAGCUAGCAAUCGACAUUCUCCACAGCCACGGCGAAGUCAUAACACUAAAUCCCCUCGUACUCGAGUACAAACAAAUCAAGGCACCUCGCGAUGCCGUGUCCGAUGAGUAUUUCUCAACAUGGUAUGAAAUACACGAGCGAAUUCAAUAUGUCCCUGGCAUAGGAAGAUUCGGGUCCGGGAAGAUCACGUUUAACGGUUGCUUUCAUGAUCUUCCAUGGGGUCUACAAACGCACAUUUACGCGCCGAUGGGUGUCGACCUCCGAAACAAGUAUCGCAUUGGAGGAAAUCAACCCGGUGUUGAGCCUCCGGAACAUCAAGAGAUUGGACUUGCUGCGCUCGGUGCGCCAAAAGAUGGACUUUACCUAAGAGAGGACAUCGAGAUACGAUGUAAUAUUACCAUGGUCGGUAUAGUAAAGGCGCAGAUGAAGACAGCUAGUAAAGAAAUGAUACAGAGAAUCAUCAAAAAGGCAGAAUUACUUGAUUCCGGAAUAUUGCAAGGAAUGAUCGAGGACGGGAAGAUUAGAACGUUCAAUCCUAAUAAUAGUACUUACACUGGUGGGCUGAGUGUAGGCGCAGGGAUGAAAUCACCACCACUAUCACCAGCAAGUCCGUAUCAUCAACCACCAAUGUCGCCAUCGGUACCAUAUCAAGUCCCAAGGCCAAUGUCGCUGCAACAAGGAAGCCGACCAGGGACAGCAAAUUCAAUGAGCUACCCAGCGCAUUGGCAGGCUCAAUUCCAGCAAGUCGAUUCGAACGAACAGAAGAUCCAUCAGCAAUACGCCGAGUUACCAAAUAGCCAGAGCGCCAUUAUGGAAUUACCUGGUGAUUUCCACCAUCCUCAGUCAUCACCACACUUACAGCCACCUUACCCGUCACCAACAUACCCGCACCAAGGCCGAAAUUCCCCAUCUUCAGUGCAAUCCCACUCCCCUGAGCUCAAAUCUUGGGGGUGGUCUCAAGGCCAACCGAGUCCGUCCUUACUUAGUUCUCGGCCUACCUCGUACUCUUCGGAUACGGGUAGUGCCGGUUUCGCGUCUCCCGGACUAGAUCACAAGGGAUUCGCAGCUGAAUUACCAACCCACCAAGAGACCACAGAGGAGCAUCACCACCAGGGUACAUAUAAGAAUAACCCGCAAACGAAUCAAGGCUAUGCGUAUAAUCCGGCAGAUUAUGCGCAAGUUCGGCAUUAA